ACAACCCGAUGCGCUCAAUAUAUAAAAACAUAUGAGUUUGUCGCUCAUUUACUCACCAGACACAUCUACAUCAUGAUCAGAGCAAUCUCGCUGUGUCUCGUAGCCCUCGCGCUAUCCGCACCGGCGCUAGCCGCGGAAAAAGAAACCAAGCCCUCCAAGCGAAGCUCCAUCGGGGACUACGUGCACGGCGACCUUGCCGCCCCCGCCUACGGAUACGGGAUCCCGCACGGGUAUGAGGUAGGUGCCGGCCAUGCUCUCGGCGCAUCCCUCUACGCCAAGGCUGCCGUUGGCUACGGCUACGGAGCCGCUGCCCUUGCUGCACCCGCCUACGCAGCUGCUGCCCUUGCCGCACCCGCCUACGGAGCCGCCGUCGCAGCGCCAGCCCUAGGAGCCUCCGCCUACGGACUCGGAGCCGCCGCCAUCGCCGCCCCAGCCAUCGCUGCCGCCCCUGCCAUCGCCGCCGCCCCCGCCGUCGCUGCUGCCCCCGUUGCACCCGCUGCCAUCCCCCACACCUACAGCGAAGUCCACCAGGCUGUCCCCUACCCGGUCGCACAGCCCUACCCUGUCACCGUCACCAAACCCGUCCCUGUGCCUGUGCCACAAGCCGUGCCUGUGUCCAAACCCGUCCCUGUUCCCGUCUCCGUCCCUGCACCAUACCCAGUGACUGUCCCCCGUCCGUACCCAGUUGACGUACCCCGCGCCGUCCCAGUUUCCGUGCCCCAACCCUACCCCGUCUCCGUGCCAAGACCAGUCGGUGUCCCUGUCCCGCAACCCGUCCCAGUCACCAUCCCUAAGCCGUACCCUGUCUCCGUCCCUGCACCUUACCCUGUUUCCGUCCCCACCGUUGUCGCUUCCGCACCAGCGGUAGCUCCUGCAGUAGCACCUGCCGUUGCAGCCGUAGCCCCAGCCGUUUACGGUAGCUACGGUGGAUACGGAGGUUACGGAGCAGGUUACGGACUCGGCUACGGAGCCGUGGGUCACUCAGCUUUGCUCGGUUACUCCGGGCUAGGAUAUAAAUACGGCGGCUACGCUGGCUAUGCUGGCUACGGAGGAUACGGUCACGGAGGCUACGCUCUAGGAGGAUACAAAUCUUACGCUGCCGUUGCACCCUACCAUGCGGCGACAUCUCUGUUGGGUGGAGCUCACGCCUACGGUAGCUACGCUGGCUACAAACUCGCGUCGCCUUUGAUUGGUGGAUACUCUGGUCUCAAGUACUCGGCUCCUUACGCCGGCUACUCAAGCUACAAGCUGGGAACACCCUACGGUAUCCACGGCUACCACCGUUAAGUCGGGGAUAGAUGCGCGUGAAAUUGCGCUCUCUGUGCCAAAUAUUAUGUUCAAAUUCUGAGAAAUUAAGUGCUAGGAGCGGGAAAGUUCUUCAAGCUUUGUUUUUUUUUAUUGACGCUUGAAGAAUUUUCCCGCGCACUGGUUUAGCUGCGCAGUCGAGGCGGAGCAGUUUAUAGAUUCAGAAGAAAAUGUGAAAAUUCUAAAUUAACAUUGAUUAAUUCCGCUGUCCUUGAAUUUUUAAAAUUGCUAUUCAAAACGGAAUGCAAAAUGGUGAUAUAAUUGAAACUGUAAAAUGGAAUUAUACGA